UUCCAAAAUUGGCAGCAGGUUACUUCCACUUGCCCCUGCAAAUUCCCCCACUCACCUCUUGGCCGAGAAGCUGAAGAAGUAAGCAACCUCAAAGUCCAAUACCUUCUUCAAUCACUCUCUUCAGGGCUUUUCUUGAGCCAUCUAUCAUCCCAAAUGCACUCGUCUCUCUUUUUUCUUCUGUAAAACCAGUGAAUCCCUUCCCAUUCAUUGCCUCACAUUGAACACUUCCUAUUGGAGAAACCCAAGUAAAGAAUUAAGAAAAGAAACCAUAUUGGUCCAUAUUUUCAUUCGUUGUUGGUUGUAUGCAAUUUCUCUUAAACUAAUUCGUUCAAAAUUUCGGCUUUGAUUGUCAAAUUUCGUUUCAAUUUAGGCUCCUAACAGUCUUCGAUGGAUAUGGGAUUGUCAUCGACUCUCUCUCGACCCACUUCCUUUGGUCGCAUGAAAAUCUCGAGUUCUAUGCGAUUCAGAAAGUUGCCAAUAAUAAUUCCAGCAAAAAACCACGGAUAUCCGUUUCGUGGAGUGUCGAGUUUUACAAAUCCCGGCGUUUUCAGAGGAAUUUUGUGUUCAAGAUUCCCUCAAAAUAGAAAAUUUAACAGUGGAGCUUCCUGGAGAUUACUAGGGGAAGCUAUAGACGAUGUGGGUGUUCAGCCAAAUGAGGAUGUGGGCAAGAAAGUGAAGUCUGUGGAUGUUCUGUUGAAAACGGGAGCCGUUCUAGGGGCAAUGAUUUGUGGGCUUUUGGUGUUUGGAUGCACGAGGGUAUUUGCAGUGGAGGGUACAGUGAAUGCAGGGUAUGGGGUGUUUGGACAGAGUAUUCUGCUGCUAAGGAAUGCGUGGCCUAAAGUUUCGCAGGUUCUCCAGAUUUUCAAGGAGCAAGGUUUGGUUUUGGCGGCGCUUUUGGGGCUGUCUGCGUUCUUUUCCAUGGCUGAGACUUCCAUUACGACAUUAUGGCCAUGGAAGGUGCGUGAGUUGGCCGAAAAGGAGUCUGAAAAUGGUGUGUUUCGAAUGCUUCGCAGUGAUGUUACUCGGUUUCUGACAACUAUUCUUAUCGGCACAACUGUGGUGAAUAUUGGAGCAACUGCAUUAGUCACAGAUGCAGCAACAGCAAUAUUUGGUGAAGCUGGUGUUAGUGCAGCAACUGGAGUGAUGACUGUUGCCAUAUUGCUUCUUACAGAAAUCACUCCAAAAAGUAUAGCCGUUCACAAUGCUCAAGAGGUUGCUAGGUUUGUGGUCAGGCCAGUGGCAUGGCUUUCCUUAAUAUUAUAUCCUGUAGGAAGAGUUGUUACAUAUUUGUCGAUGGGAAUGCUUAAAAUCCUUGGCUUGAAAGGAAGAAGUGAACCAUAUGUUACUGAAGAUGAGUUGAAGUUGAUGUUGCGAGGUGCAGAACUUAGUGGUGCUAUAGAAGAAGAAGAGCAGGAUAUGAUUGAAAAUGUGUUAGAGAUAAAGGAUACACAUGUUAGAGAGGUGAUGACUCCUCUCGUUGAUGUGGUUGCAAUAGAUGCCAGUGCAACUCUCAUUGAUUUCCAUAACCUGUGGGUGACCCAUCAAUAUUCAAGGGUGCCUGUUUUUGAGCAGCGUGUUGAUAACAUAGUAGGCAUUGCAUAUGCCAUGGAUCUGCUAGAUUAUGUUCAGAAGGGUGAGCUGCUAGACAGCACUGCUGUGGGAGACAUGGCUCACAAGCCUGCAUACUUUGUACCUGAUUCAAUGUCAGUAUGGAAUCUUCUUAGAGAGUUUCGAAUAAGAAAGGUUCACAUGGCUGUUGUUCUUAAUGAAUAUGGUGGAACUGUGGGAGUAGUAACAUUGGAGGAUGUGGUUGAGGAGAUUGUUGGUGAAAUCUUUGAUGAAAAUGAUUCAAAAGAAGAGAUCCAGAAGAAAACUGGCUAUGUUGUAAUGCGGGCUGAGGGAAUAUUUGAUGUCGAUGCCAAUACAUCUAUUGAUCAGCUGUCUGAAGACCUAAAUAUUAAAAUGCCAGAGGGUCAUCAGUAUGAGACGGUGUCAGGUUUUGUAUGUGAAGCAUUUGGAUAUAUUCCGAGGACAGGUGAGAGUAUCAAAGUUGUCCUCCAAAAAGAAAAUUGGGAAGAUGAUGAUGAACACGAUGAAAAUGGAUCUGAUCGCCAAGAUACGAAGGAAAAGCGUCAAAUUUAUAAAUUAGAGAUAUUAGCAGGAAAUGCGAGAAAGGUCAGUGCUGUUCGGUUUGAACGAAUAAAUAGUGAUGAUCCAACUUUGGAGGCCAAAGAAGUGAGAAGCUUGGUUCCAAAAAUCAUGAAACGGAAAUGGAGCAGUGAUGAAGACUCAGAUGGUACUGACCAUGGUGAAGAUUUGUCUCCACCAAGAGCAGAGAACGGCCUAGAUGAUGAUCAUGUAAAUGCCAGAAAUGAAAAGAAUAAUGAGAGUGAAGAUAGACGUGUCUUCCAAACAUGACUUCACGGAAUUGGGGAGUAUCCACGACAGUAGGUUGAAGUUUAUCGGAGCCACGAAGAGGUGGGCAUGGAAAGUGAACCAAUGCAGAGCUGAAAAACAAUCCUGGUGGCUUAGGAGCCAUGGUUAGAUACAUCUGCUCUGAUUCAAAGAACAUUUGUCGUAAGAGCUCCCUCUUUUCUCUCAUAUUUCCCGGCCUCUCUGCAACUGUCUAAACCUCUUGCGGGAAGACAGUUGAACAAAUAACAGAUCGGUCACUCUCUACCGCGUGAACUUUAACUUUGUCAACGAGUGGCCUUUAGUGUUUCGUCUCAGUUUUGUGAACUCCUAUACAUAGAAUGUAAAUCGAGUUCUUUGGGAUCUUAAACACAUUAUUAGCCUUGUAUUAGACUGUGACAUAUAAACAGAGAGUAGAAGCGGCACCCGGUUGCAGAGUCCAAGAAGGCCAAACAAUGUGGCUAAUCUUGUAAGUUGUGUUUGGAGGAUGAAAGGGUGGCUGGCCACCUUACGAUU